UGCCAUAGUGAUGAUAAAUAGCAACGUACAUCCACCAUUGAGUGUAUGAACAAGGCUUGGUUUGUCUGUCGGUCAACAUUUUACAGUUGAAGGAAGAAUUGUAAUUUUCCAUCAUGGAAUCUGAUGGACUCCAUCUAAGCAUUGAUUAUGUGGGUAGCAGUGGAGUUAUGCUCAGCCCCGAGUCUAAGGCGGCUUUGCAGACUUCUCUAGUCAUCCUACAAAAUGAAAACAAAUUCAACAGAGUGUAUUUCUGGGGGAAAAUACUUGGCGUCAAAGAUGACUAUUUCAUUGCACAAGGCGUGUACAAAGAUGAAUUUGCUGGAAGGAAAACAUUUUACAGCAAAGACUGCAUACACUGGGGACUGCUUCCUCCUGCAACUGCUGAAAUGAAAGAGAAAUCAAAACUGGCCAAAGGACGUUUCACUGGUGACCCCUCUUAUGAAUUUGAACAUGUUGAGACGAAAAAGGUUGGAGAAGGAGAAGAAGCCACAGAAGAAGAAGAAACAACAAUUGUCAAGGAAGAAGACAGACUUUCAUCAGUCAUUGCUGAGAUCGACGACGACGUGAGGAUUGUGCCUCGAGGGGCAUUUGUUCAAGUUCCUACAGCGGAAGUCGUAAUAAAUAGGAGUUUUGAAGGUUUGUCUGUUCAAGAAGCAGCAAAACUCUGUAACUACAUGCACUUCCGGGAAGCCAAGAGGCUGGAUCUGAAGACCCUGCUUCAACGCGCAAACAUGGACAAGGCCAUUGACUUUAUGGAUAGUGUCGAGGACGAUGUUCCCCGUGGGUCUUGGAGCCUGCAGUUUGAGCGAGGAAGUGGCUUGUUAACCCUGCGCAGUCUUCAGUGGCCAGGCUAUGCCUUCUUCCAUAUCCCUGCCACACAUAAGUAUGGUUCUGUGUACUUUGGCACUGGAGAGAAAAACCAGGACCUCCCCUUCAUGCUGUGAACAAUAACUCAUACUUUAACAACUUUUUGACACCCUUGGUUAAAAUUCUUUUUUUUUUUUUUUCAUGACUUUAGAAAGGACUCAAGGGGAAAAGAACAUAAAUUGCAGAGCCUACAUUUCAUAUGUCGCUAUUUUCUCAGAAAGCACAAAGGACAUUUUGAAAUGAAGUUGUUUUUGAAUGAGUUUAGAUUGACAUAUGUGUAGAUUUUGUGUUCAAAAUGAUGUGUAGGACUUAUCUUCCUAGAUCUGUAAAAUGAGAGAUGAGCAAGGACAAAGUACUUUCAACUUUUGCUCCCACAAAGAUGUAUGUGAUAAGUAGGAUUACAUUAUUUCCUUUUGAUGCUGGUUCAAAUGUUCCAAAUUGGAUCUUGACUGCAAAGACUUUAGUGAUCAUACAAACUUUGGAUUAAUUUAUUUGUAUCUAUCAUACUUUCCCAAAAUACUAGACAAAUUUGACAUAGCAGCAAAAGCAUUGACAUUUCAUGUUAGAAGAUAUUAUUUUUUAAAGUACCAUACUCAUUUUUUUAAAAACCCAUUGCAAUUUUUUUUUGAAGAUCUUGUACCCUUCAUUGUUUUCGUCCUCAAUGUUACAUGGUAGAUCAUUAUGUUUUGUGCCGCUACUUUUGUUCCUCUGUCCUGAAUGAAGUCUAUACAUAUAUCUAAAGGUUUUUUGAGAUUCAUUUGGAAUGCCUUACAACUACUUGUGUAAAUAUACAAAUAAAAUUUUACAACUAAAUAA